AUGUCUCCCGCGAUCCUGAAGUCGGAUAGCCCUACUACUAAUCGCUCGUUCAGCAGCUCGCCGGCGCCGAGUGAUGUUUCCUCUGACUUCCCAUCCGAGCCCAUUGCCAUCUGUGGAAUUGCCUGUCGUCUCCCUGGAGAAGCCACAAACCCCCGCGCAUUCUGGGACCUGCUUUCUACAGGACGAACAGCGCAAUGCAAAGCCCCCUCGUCUCGAUUUAAUGUCGAGGCAUUCUACCACCCAAAGGGGCAGGAUCGCCCUGGAAGUAUGAUGACCGAGGGUGGAUAUUUCCUCAAUGAAGAUAUCCGCGAGUUCGAGAACGGGUUUUUUGGUAUUAACAAUCUCGAGGCAACCCACAUGGACCCGCAGCAGAGAAAGCUGCUCGAGGUUGUUUACGAAUGUCUUGAAGACGCUGGAAUUCCCUUGGACCAGGCUUCUGGAUCUAAUACGGGGUGUUAUGUUGGGAACUUUACCGUUGACUAUAUGUCUGCGCCCAGCCUGAGCCGCUACUCAGGUACAGGGUUAGGAACAACCCUCCUGGGCAAUCGGAUCAGCCACGUCUUCAAUCUCCAAGGACCAAGCCUAGUCAUCGACACAGCCUGUUCAUCAUCGCUAUACUGUCUACACACCGCGUGCGCCGCCCUACAGAACUACGAAUGCGACGCAGCCAUCGUCGCCGGCGCAAACCUCAUUCAAUCCGCAGAGCAGCACAUAGCAACCGGAAAACUCGGUGUUCUGUCUCCGUCCUCGACCUGCCAUACCUUUGAUUCCGCUGCCGACGGAUACGGACGGGCGGACGGCAUCGGCGCGCUCUACGUGAAAAGACUUAAGGAUGCGCUUCGUGAUGGUGAUCCAAUUCGUAGUGUUGUGCGUGGCUCUGCGAUCAAUGCUAACGGUCGAACGCCCGGAAUCAGUCUACCCAGCGCAGACGGGCAAGAGUCGGUAAUCCGAAAAGCCAUGGCGCGGGGCAGUGUUUUGCCCAACGAGAUUAAUUAUAUCGAAUGUCACGGUACAGGGACUAAAGUCGGGGAUGCAAUUGAGGUUGAUGCCCUCGCACGGGUCUUCCCACGCACGCCGAACCACCCGCUCCUCAUCGGGUCGGUCAAGAGCAAUGUUGGCCAUUCGGAGGCGGCAAGCGGUAUCUCUAGUGUGAUCAAGGGGACGAUGAUUCUGGAACAUGGCCUGAUCCCGGGGAGCUACGGGGUUAGGGAUAUCAACCCUAAGUUGAAGGCGGAGGAGCGUCACAUCGUCAUUCCGACUGAGUUGACUGCUUGGCCGGAUCUUUCGCCUCGUGUUAGGCGCAUUGGUAAGUACCGUGCCAUCAUAGCCACCAGAGAGAAGAAUUCUGACCAUGGCAACAAUGAUAUAGGAAUCAACUCGUUUGGCUACGGUGGCGCCAACGCCCAUGUUAUUCUCGAGGAAGCGCCCGAGAGAUCAGCUGCACUGAGUUUGAGAGCUUCAUCACUGUCCGCGGUUGUGCUCCCUCUCUCGGCCUCAACUGCAGCGUCCCUCGAAGCCCGCGUUGCCGACUUCGCGCACUUCGACUAUGGCACAACCAAUAUUCUAGACCUCGCACAUACCCUCGCCUCUCGACGCUCUCAGCUGCCAAUGAGAGGGUUUCUAGUUGCGCCACGCUCAGAAGACAUUGCGAGCUCGUUCUUGACAGGGUCCUUCGUCACGGCGAGCAGCCCCGUUUCUACAAAGGCGUCUACACCUUUCGCCUUUGUCUUCACGGGACAAGGCUCGCAAUGGCCCGGCAUGUGCCGUGAGCUCUUCUCAGACUUCCCCGUCUUCCGAGACGCUAUCGCUGAGAUGGACAUGGUGCUGAAGGCCCUCCAACACGGCCCGUCGUGGUCCCUCAGGGAAGUUAUCCUCGCCGACGGGGACAGCGACAGCAACACGCGCAUCCACCUCCCGCAACUAUCUCAGCCCUGCUGUACGGCGAUCCAGGUUGCGCUGAUCCAACUACUGUCUUCGUGGGGUAUCGUCCCCGCCGCCACAGUCGGCCAUUCUUCCGGUGAGAUCGCGGCUGCGUUCGCUGCUGGGUAUCUAUCCGCUGCAGAGGCUAUUGCUAUUGCUUACUACCGCGGAUACUGCGUCACCAGGUCCACUCGCGAUGGGGCCAUGAUGGCCGUCGGUCUAUCCGAGGAAGACACAGCCCAGGCAAUCUCCGACGCCGGGAUGACCGACCAGGUACGCGUUGCGUGCGUCAACUCCCCCGGCGGGGUCACUGUCUCAGGGGACAGACCGGCAGUGGAAAGUCUCUCUGCCAUCAUGAAAGAGAACGGGACCUUCGCGCGGGUGCUGAAAACAGGGGGACAGGCUUAUCACUCCCACCAUAUGCUCAGCGUGGGGGAGGAAUACCAAACUCUCCUGGAGCAAUUGCUGCCUCAACUGGACGUCGCCAGUCGCCAGCCCCAGGGCCCAUUAUUCAUGUCCUCUGUAACUGGGCAGGUCAAGCUGUCCGGGUUUUCGCCGAGCUACUGGCGCCAGAACCUGGAAGGACAGGUAAGGUUUGCGCACGCAAUUGAGAAAAUGUACGAAGAGAUGGGGCCCUACUGCUUUAUCGAACUGGGGCCGCACUCAACGAUGGAGCUCCCGAUCAAACAGACGCUAGCUGCGAUGGCGAACGGGCCCCCCGAGACAGAAGUGCAGUAUGCAGCGCCGAUCAAGAGAAAUAUCAAUGCCGUGCAGAGCGUGUUGAGCUUCGCGGGCAACCUCUGGCUAAAGGGAUAUGACAUCAACUGGACGCGAGUUCAUGGUCUGCAAAAAGGCGCGUCCAAGGCCCCGGUCCCAUGUCGGGUGUUGACGGAUCUCCCGAAGUACCGGUUUACAUACGGCGAGCCCCUGUGGCAUGAGACAAGGGCCAGUCUGGAGUUCCGGAAGCGUAAGCAUCCGCGCCAUGAGCUUCUGGGCAAUCUCAUGCCGGGCGGCAAUGGGCGUGAUAUUAUCUACCGCAAUGUGCUGAGGCUCGAGGAUGUGCCGUGGCUUGAGGACCAUCGGCUUGGAGAGACUGUGGUUUUCCCCGGCGCUGGGUAUUUGGCUAUGGCUAUGGAGGCUGUUAUGCGGGCGACGGAUACCCCCUGGCCGCGGGCCCCCGCCCUGGUUCUGGAGGGUGAGGCUGCACCGCCGACAGAGCUCUUCACGUCGAUCCAUCGGUCCACAAUCACCAACGCAGCAAGCUCGACGAUAUGGUGGGACUUUGCGAUCUCCACACACCGCAAUGGGUCGACGACACAGCAUUCAGCGGGCAGCAUCACCAUCCGCAACCGCGAGACAGAGACAGAGACGGCGGCCCUCACUUCCAAGUAUCAGCCAUCGACCGUCAGCCUUGAAGCGACAGCUAGACGGACGUGGUACGAGAGAUUCGUCAAGCAAGGAUUGAACUACGGCCCUGCCUUCCAGACGAUUUCAGACUUCCACACGCCACGCAUGAAAUUGGGGUCGUGUGCCAGUGCCACAGCGCCGCUCCUGACAACAUUCGGCGAGGACGCUUUCGCCGUAUACCCUAUUCACCCCAUUACUCUAGAUGGCAUGAUCCAACUGGCAGUCGUCGCGGCCGCAAAUGGACGGCCGAAGGAGUUGCUUGCCCAGGUACCAACCAGGCUGGUCUCAGCGAUCGUGCACACAGCCAAGGCACCCAUCGACCAAACCUGCCGGAUGCAUGCUGUUGUAGAGCGGACGGGAUUCGGAUACAUCCAGGCAGGGCUGGAACUGUCCGACGAGGCAGGAGAGACGUUGGUACAGGUCAAUCAAAUCCGACUGGCCCCAUACCACUCUCUCAAACAGAGCGAGCCUGAAGACACGCGCCAUCCCGUUCUCCGCGUUCUCUGGAAGCCGGAUAUUUACGGUUUAGGGCUCAUCGAGGCGAGUGCUGCGCAGCGACAUCUACAGGCGUUUGCAGAUGAGGCCCAUUCCCCUGUUUCUGACGAUGGGAUCCUCAAGAUGGGGGCGAUGCUAGACCUACUAGGGCACAAAGAUCCGGAUCUGCGCAUUCUGGAGGUUGGGAAUGCCUCGCAUGAGCUGACCACAGCCGUUCUGGAGAUGCUGUCGUUCCAAAGUGAAUUUCGGCGUGUGCGAAGCUACACCACAGCUGUCUUUACCACUGACGGCACAUUAGUCGGGGAUCCUGUUGACUUUGAGACAGGGGCGCGGUCCGAUACACCGACGCCUCUAGGAGACGAGAAAUUCGACCUCAUCCUGAUCCCGGGUCUGGAUGAGCAGGUCGCCCAGGGCAUUGACACACUGACCAACGCACUGGCAGCCCAUGGGUCAAUCCUAGCCCUGGCCUCAAGCUCCGACUCAGCGAGCCCCUUCCUAGCCUCUCAAUCUUUAUCUACACUGCCGAUAUCUUUGUCCCCUAGUCCAUCCACCCUUCUCUUUUCCCGGGCACGAUCAGACCAAGCGCCAAUGCAGAAACCAAAAUUCCUGAUCGUGGAGCGAGAUGCCAAAACAGCGCUCGGUUCUGCCCUCGCCGACGCACUGCGCCCAAUUCAAGGCCAAUGGGUGCUGCAUGUGCCGCUGCACCAACUCACCCCAGAGCAUGUCUCUAGCGGAACAACAGUCUUCAACCUCUCCGAGCUAGAGUCGCCACUCCUAGCAACCAUCUCCGACGACGACAUGGCGCGCGUGAAAAUCCUCACUGACAACGCAGCGUCCCUAGUCUGGGUAACCGGCGGCAACCUCAUCCACGGUGACAACCCCGACUUCGCGCUCGUGUCUGGCCUGUCCAGGGCCGUGAUGCUCGAGCAGCCGUCGCUGAGAUUUUAUACAUACGACGUCGACGCCCCAGCCCGGACAGACCACGACCACAUCCUCUUCACCGCGCAGCGUCUGGUCUCAGUCAUCGCCCAGCAAGGCAAGGUUCCUGACCUCGAGUUUGCACAGCACAUGGGCAGCGUCCACGUGAGCCGCUUCACGCCAGAUGAGGGAGUCAACGCGCUCUUCCGUCGCAGGCAGGGUCUCCAGGCCACGCCGGUCCGGUUAGCUCAUGCACCGGACGUGCGGCUGGCGCUGAAACAGGCUGGUCAGCUCGACAGUAUUUACUUCCAGGAGCAGGAGGCCCCGCUGGCGGUGGCGCCUACGGAGGUGCGGGUGAAGGUUGCAUCCAUGGGGCUCAAUGCGAAGGACUACUAUGUCCUGGUUGGACAGGUGGACACGCCGGACGCGAGCUGCCAGGUGGAUUUCGCGGGGACGGUGGUGGAUGUUGGAUCUGCGGUGACAGAGUUCAGGGUUGGGGAUAGGAUUGUUUCGAUGGCGCCCGGGCAUUUCCAGACUUAUCGGACGGUGCCGGAGUGGACUUGUCAUCGGCUUUUGGACACAGAGAGCUUUGAUGUCUGUGCGACUUUGCCGGUGGUGUUUGCGACUGCGAUCUAUGGCCUGCAUUAUCGAGCCCAUCUCCAGGCUGGGGAAUCGAUUUUGAUUCAUUCGGGGGCCGGGGGGGUCGGGAUCGCUGCCAUCCAGCUAGCCUUAAAUGCUGGCGCUGGCGAGAUCUUCACCACAGUCUCCAGUGACGAGAAGAAGCAGUAUCUCAUUGACCAAUUCGGCCUCAAACCCUCGCAUAUCUUCAGCUCACGCGACUCCUCGUUCCUCGAAGGGGUUCUGGCCGCUACAGCCGGAAAAGGCGUCGACGUCGUGCUCAACUCACUGACAGGCGACCAGCUGCACGCAAGCUGGAAAUGCUGCGCGUCAUUCGGCCGCUUUGUCGAGAUCGGCAAGAUGGACCUCACAACCGCCGGCCGCUUGCAGAUGGACCAAUUCCUGCGCAAUACGACCUUCACGGCGGUCGACCUCAGCCAGCUCUACUACACCGAGGUCAAGGGCCUUCACGCGAUAUGGAAGCAGCUUGUGGGCGAAGUCAUGGCGCUUUACCGCGAGGGGAAGAUCACGCCUAGCGAGCCGCUUAAGGUCUUCGAUAUCAGUGAGACAACCCAGGCGUUCCGCUACUUCUCCUCUCGGAGUCGUAUGGGCAAAGUCGCUAUCAACCUGGAGCAGGAAGACUCCACGAUCCAGGUGCAACCGCUGAAACACGCAUCACGAUUUAGCCCCGACAAGAGCUACAUCAUGGUCGGCUGCUUUGGAGGUCUAGGGCGCACGCUUGCACGGUGGAUGGCGAGUCGCGGCGCGCGCAAAUUUGCUUUCCUCGGCCGGUCCGGCACCGAUAGGACCACGGCGCGCGAGCUGGUUGAAGACCUGGAAGGCCUCGGCGCUGAAUGCCGGGUGGUCCGCGGCGAUAUCUGCCAUGCGCUAGACGUCGAGAAAGUCGCAUUCGCUGCCGCGGCCCUGGGUCCCAUCGGGGGCGUGGUACAAGCAGCAAUGGGCCUCAACGAAGCCCUGUUCUCGGUGAUGUCCAACAAAUUCUGGCACACGGGGAUUGACCCCAAGGUGCAUGGCACAUGGCUUCUGCACGAUAACAUCCAGAAGCACGGUAUCUCAUCUCUGGACUUCUUCCUACUUACGUCAUCUGUCUCUGGGAGUGUCGGGACAGCGACGGAGGGCAACUACUGCGCUGCCAACCACUUCCUCGACCGCUUCGCACGACACCUCCGAGGUAAGGGAUGUCCCGCUGUAGCAGUUGGGCUCGGCAUGAUCUCCGAAGUAGGCUAUCUACAUGAUAACCCUGAGAUUGAGGCCCUGCUUCUCCGGAGAGGGAUCCAGACCAUCGAUGCAGACGAGCUCAUCCAGCUCAUUGACUUGGCCAUCUCGUCGAGUUCAAGAAUGGGCAUCUCCCAUCCCUACGACAGCCUCGCAGCAUCGCACCUCCUGACCGGUCUAGAAGCCGCCGGGCUCAAAGAGCUCCGUAGGAAGGGCUUCGAGGGAUCCCAUCCCGCGCUGGAAGAUCCCCGCGCGAAGCUGCUGAUCAACUCGUUCAACGGCGGAGCGAACGACGGAUCGCAAGACCAGGCCGGUGCUGAUGCAGGUGGACUACCGACUGGAGUAGUCACCUUGAUGCAAGCUGGGGAGUCGCUAACGGAGGCUGUGCUAGCCCAUAUCCGGCGCCGAUUCGGGAAUUUGGUGUUGCUGAAGUAUGACGAUGUGGACACGCGGAAGCCGCUGUCGCAGUAUGGGAUGGAUAGUAUGAUUGGGGCGGAAUUUCGGACCUGGUUUUACCAGAGUCUGUCUGUUGAUGUGCCGUUAGUCAUGUUGUUGGGGACUGCUUGUACGCUGGAGUCGCUGAGGGAUUUGGCUGUGGUGAAUUUGCAGACGGGGGCUGACUAG